AUGUGUCCUGCUUCUGAAGUGGGAGUGGGAAGAACCCCCCUGCCCAACGUGACCUGGUGGAGGGGCGAGCGAGUACUGGACGGCGGCUGGGAGGUGGCCGGGCCGGGACUCGUACGGAACACCCUCGUUAUUGACCGUAUCACGAGAGAUUGGCACAACAGUACCCUCACCUGCACCGCGUCCAAUACCCAUCUGGCCAGUCCAGCUGUUGCGUCGGUGGUGGUGCAUAUGUUCCUGUUGCCAACGAGCGUCAUCAUAACUAACCCAGGGCCCACCAGAGAAGGUCAGCGAACGGCUUUGACCUGCUCGGCGCGGGGGUCACGACCUCUGGCUGACCUUAACUGGAGCGUACGUGGGAGGACGCUGGAUGCUGUGAAGGUGGGCGAUGACCUGGGCCUCACCUCGACGUCGACGCUACUCCUCAAUGUGACCCGAGAAGAGGACGGCACGAGGGUCGUCUGCACGGCAACCAACCCUGCCCAGCCUGAUACGCCGCUCUCGAACACCACCACGCUCGUUGUUCAUUAUCCCCCGAAGGUGCUGGCGUCCCUCGGUCGCUCCAUCAUCCCUGACCAGCUCAAGGAGGGCGACGACGUCUACUUCACCUGCUCUGUGAAAGCAAACCCCCCCGCCUCCGCCAUCACCUGGUAUCACGAGGACACGGUGCAGGUGCAGAACGUGUCGAUGGGCGUGAUCCUGUCCGGGGAGUCGCUGGUGCUGCAGAAGGUGAGCCGGCAGAGGGCGGGCCAAUACAGGUGCUCCGCGACCAACCCUCUCGCCACUGUGGUCAGCCAGCCCGUCAGACUCAGGAUCAGAUACAAGCCUGAAUGCCUGACGUCCCCGACCACCUACUUCAUUUACGACAAGCCCAUCAACGUAACCUGCACCGUGUCCGCCUACCCAUCGGUCAAUUACAUCCAGUGGCAGUGGAACAACAGCAACGAGCUCACCAAGACGCCACCAGUCACCGAGAGCCGCGAGAAGGCGUCCUCGCAGCUGACGGUGUUCCCGACGGAGGGCAGGGAGGACCGGGUGCUCUCCUGUUGGGCCGUCAACGAAAUGGGCAGGCAGGUGAAGCCGUGCGGGUUCUCCGUCAAGGUCGCCCAGAUGCCCCUCCCGCUGUCGUCGUGUCGCCUGGCCAACAUCACGGCCUCGUCUCUCAGCCUCACCUGCCAGCGACCCAACGUGGCUACAGCUGGCACCACCCUGUACCGAGCCGAGGUGUACUUCGACAACCGCACCCUCUUCGCCAACGUGACCUCAAACCGUCCCAACUUCAACGUGAGUCGCCUCGACGCCGGCACGAGCUACCAGAUCAAGGUGUACGUGAGUCACGGUCCCGUCACGUCGCAGCCGGUCGUCGUCUCGGCCUAUACGUCGCGCACCUCCAGGACCGCGCCAGGAGACACGAGCACUUCUGAGGGAGGCGUGUCGGUGGGAGGUGUGGUGGGCGGCCUGGCAGUGACACUGGUGCUGCUUGUGGGCGUCGUGGUGAUGAGGAACUACUGUAGGCGGCGCCGAGGCAGGAGGAAGCAGGAGCCUCGCCCACAGUCCGACGAUAGUAACCCUGACGUAGUACCCAAUAUUGAGGAAACUUAUGACUUACUGGCGCCAGGAGAGCCAAAAGCAGAGGCCUCCUAUGACUCCAUGAAUACCCCAAUGCCCGAGGACGUACCCAUGGAGGCCUACCACCCGCUGGUCCUACAAAGCUCGUCGACACACGAAAGUGAAGAAUUCCAAGGGUCAAGAACAGAUCGCGUCUACUGCCCCGUGGACCAGCUGAUGCAGGCGGAGGAGAGCGUGGUUUGAGAUCCUUUGAGACGGCUCCAGGAAGGACUUCGGUAAUCUCCUCGUUAUUGCAGGGCUUUGCUGUUGCAGGACUUCAUCAUUUCCCAGCAGAAUAUGAAGGCGCGGGGUGAGGUUCUCCAGGGUGGACAUCGUUAAUUUCGACGAUAUUUUUGAACUCGCCAUUCCGGAGUGAUUUUUAGAUGCUCUGAUGCAGUUCCAGGGCGGAUGGAUGUUAAUUCUAUCGUUAUUCCCGGACUUUGUUGUACCAGGAUUUUACUAUUCCCAGAGGGCAAAGAGGAUCCCUGGAAAAAAUGAAAAGUGAAGUGUGGCGUUAGUUUCUCCAUGUCUCGUUCUAUUUUUCUUUUCUUUUUUUCUCUCUUUUUUUCUCUUUGUUCGUGGAUGUUUCUUUUUGUCAGAAUAUUGGGUGGUUUAAUGACGGAGAUGUUUAGUAGCCCAGAGUAUUUAUGGCAUUAUCGAAUCGUUUGUAAUUAUUUGUUACUGAUUUACUCUGUCUCUUAAUUUAAAAGGUCAAAAUAGUUUCAGGUUUCCGUACAGGAUUAAAGUGGAUGUUGAGAUAUAAUGGAGCCGUCGAUAGUCUUUAUUAAUUGGUAUCAGCUAAGGAGAAGAUUCUAUUAUAAGUCGACAGGAUAACUGAAUGAAGGGAAUUAUUUGCCAUUUUGGAUAGACAUGAGGUGGUGCAUUAAUUUUUUUGUUUUUGUUUUUUAAUCUAUUUAUUCAUUCUUGUUGUAAUUUUCGUGCUCUGACUUUUUUUUAUAUAUAUCGGCCGAGGUUCGCGUUUCAAAGUUCAUCGUUUAUGACUAAAUGUUUGUUAUGUAAAGGUAGGUUUCCCGGUUAUUGUGCCAUUGAAAGGGCGAAUAGAGAUUUUUAAGCAAUGGUAUACAGAUCGGGAGGACAGAUCCUAUCUGAAAACAGUACGUGUGUGCGUGUGUGUGUGUAUUUCCAUGCCAAGGUUUGUUUACAUGUUGGUCAACAGAAAAGAAUAAUAGUGAAUGAAAAAGAUAUGUUAAAAGGUAAUGUCAAAAUAUGAAUAAUGAUGAGUAAUAUGUACAAGAGAGAGAUUGAAAAAAAAAAAAACUAUAAAUAGCCAUAGAAAAAUAUGGAUAAAAAUGACAGAAAAUAAACUUGCAGGUGACAAGGUGCGAUUUCCCUCACGGUGUUUGUGCCGUUGUUGAAGGGAAACAUAUACACAAAAUUCUUCCAUUUUCACAUCUCCGCUCAGUACUUGUGACUAUAGUGGGUCAUUAUUACAAAUAAGAGGCGUUCACAUGCUUACUUUCUUCUCGCUUUCUUUUUUUGGCAAACGAAAAAAUAAAAAAUAAAAAAAAUAUAUAUAAAUAAUUGUAAAAAAAAUGUAUGUGUGAGUAAAAAAUACUACUUUUGCGUCAGUACCUCGUGUUAAGGAGACACCCCGACUGCAUCUCAAAUGGACUAUCCGUGAUGAUGACGUCACCACGAUUAUCGAGUCUGAGUCAGUGCGUUCGAGGAGUGGAACGAGAAGGGGGCGGAGGGAAAAGUGGGGAGAGAGAGAGAGAGAGAGAGAGAGAGAGAGAGAGAGAGAGAGAGAGAGAGAGAGAGAGAGAGAGAGAGAGAGAGAGAGAGAGAGAGAAAGAGAGAGAGAGAGUGCAAGAAAGAGCGAUGCAUAGAGAGAAAAAUAUGGUCCCAAGUAAAAAAGCAAAGAGACUGAACACUCGCUACUCCUCUUCCUUCCCUUGCUCUUCAUUCAUUCCUAAACACCUCAUUCUCCCCAUACAUAAUACUCACGUUUUUCUUUUCAUUUCACUUACGAGCUUCUUUCUUUCGUCCAAACGAGAGUGACGGAGAAAAAAAUACAUAGAGAUCAGUUUCGGGUGUGUCUCCUGUCCCUAAAAAAAUAAAAAUAAAUAAUAUAUCGAUGUCUCCUUCCAUGAUAUGAUAGGAAUAUAGCCAUCUGGCUGUCCAUUCCCAAAUGUAACAGUAUAUAUAAAUAUAUGAUAUGGACAUAUAUAUACAACAAAAUAAUAAAUAUAUAUAAGGUUA